AUGAUUGCACCAGUGGAUUGGACAAACAUUUCAGUACCGUUAGUCAAAUCUACCGUUUUUAAAUUAUUCUAUUGGUCUGAAGUUACCGCUGGUCGAAAUCUACCGUUGGUCGAAAUCUACCGCUGGUCGAAAUCCACUGUUUGUCAAAUUUUUUUUUGCUCUAAAGUUACCCUUUAUCAUAAUCUAACGUUUGUCAAAAUAUUCCGUUGGUUUAAAGUUACCGUUUAUCAAAAUCUACCGUUGGUCAUAAUUUUCCGUCGGUCAAAGUAUAUUCGUUGGUCUAAAGUUACCGUUGAUAAAAAUCUACCGUUGGUCAUAUUUUUCCGCUGGUCAAAAUAUAUCCGUUGGUCUAAAGUUACCUUUGAUCAAAAUCUACCGUUGAUCAUAAUUUUCCGUUGCUCACAAUAUUCUGUUGGUUUAAAGUUACCGUUGAUCAAAAUCUACCGUUGGUCAAAAUAUAUCCGUUGGUCUAAAGUUACCGUUGAUCAAAAUCUACCGUUGGUCAAAAUCUACCGUUGGUCAAAAUCUACCGUUGGUUUAAAGUUACCGUUGAUCAAAAUCUACCGUUGGUCAAAAUAUAUCCGUUGGUCUAAAGUUACCGUUGAUCAAAAUCUACCGUUGGUCAAAAUCUACCGUUGGUCAAAAUCUACCGUUGGUUUAAAGUUACCGUUGAUCAAAAUCUACCGUUGGUCAAAAUAUAUCCGUUGGUCUAAAGUUACCGUUGAUCAAAAUCUACCGUUGGUCAAAAUCUACCGUUGGUCAAAAUCUACCGUUGGUUUAAAGUUACCGUUGAUCAAAAUCUACCGUUGGUCAAAAUAUAUCCGUUGGUCUAAAGUUACCGUUGAUCAAAAUCUACCGUUGGUCAAAAUCUACCGUUGGUCAAAAUCUACCGUUGGUUUAAAGUUACCGUUGAUCAAAAUCUACCGUUGGUCAAAAUAUAUCCGUUGGUCUAAAGUUACCGUUGAUCAAAAUCUACCGUUGGUCAAAAUCUACCGUUGGUCAAAAUCUACCGUUGGUUUAAAGUUACCGUUGAUCAAAAUCUACCGUUGGUCAAAAUAUAUCCGUUGGUCUAAAGUUACCGUUGAUCAAAAUCUACCGUUGGUCAAAAUCUACCGUUGGUCAAAAUCUACCGUUGGUUUAAAGUUACCGUUGAUCAAAAUCUACCGUUGGUCAAAAUAUAUCCGUUGGUCUAAAGUUACCGUUGAUCAAAAUCUACCGUUGGUUUAAAGUUACCGUUGACCAAAAUCUACCGUUAGUCAUAGUUUUCCGUUGGUCAAAAUAUUCCGUUGGUCUAAAGUUACCGCUGAUAAAAAUCUACCGUUGGUCAUAAAUUUCCGUUGGUUGAAAUAUUCCGUUGGUUAAAAUUUACCGUUGGUCUAAAGUUACCAUUGAUCAAAUUCUACCGUUGGUCAUAAUUUUCUAUUGGUAAUUCUUUUGGUCAAAAUAUGUCCGUUGGUCUAAAGUUACCGCUGAUCAAGUCUACCGUUAGUCAUUAUUUUCUGUUGAUCAAAAUAUUUCUUUGGUCUAAAGAUACCUUUCUUCAAAGCAACCGUUUGUCUAUAUUUUCCGUUGGUUAAAAUUUACUGUCUGUCAACAUGUACCGUUUGUCAAAAUUAACUGUUACACUGCCGCUUAUUUGCGGACACUGUCUCAGAUAGUCUCGUGCUCUGCCUAUUAAACUUCCCAUGUACCCCUUUUUAUACGGUUUCUCGUGUACCAUUUCAAAGGUUCAAGACAAAUUGUGGUCUGGACAGCGUUAAAUUGUUAUGUAUGUAAAAACUGUUUAUGCUUACGCCUCAUCCAGUAGCCUCAACACAUCUGCAGCAGCCUACGUUUUUGUAUUUUUGCUUUUAUCGAGCUGUUAAGAAUUUCAAUAUUAGAAGGACACUUGAUGAGAAUGGAUGUGACCCCUUCCCCAAGAUGCAAAACCCAUGUACAAAAUAUUCUGAAAACCCUCGUUCUAAAAUAAGAAAUGUAGAAAAAUAUGUUUCCACGUUUUCACAGUUCUUCCUACGUUGAUCCUUGCUUCGCCAUUCUUUGUAACAAGUUAUUUAAGCCUUACUUUAUUAACGCAAUCUUUUUGAUACAUUGUUCUCAAGACACUUCCGUAUUACUCAAUAUGUUGAUUGAAUGAUUGAUUCAUUGGCGAUUAGAUCACCAUUUCGUGAAUUUGUGGUGUUGCAACGAUUUUAAUAUGUAACCACUUCAUGGCGUCUGCAACGCUAACGUGAUAUUGUCCUUCACAACAUUCUCUGCAACGCAAACGCUAAUCGUGGUUGUGACACCGGCAACGUACUCGCCGCCGUAACCCUCGCAGUGAAGGCCGCUACAUCGCUUUCGCAAUCGUGUAUCAUUUCCUACUGCUCUGUGCCCCGUAUUAGGUAAGUGGUUGUUUUUUUCUUCAAUUCGCUUCAUUUUAUCUUUUACUUCGAGUUCUAGUAAAGAUCAUGUAAUCUAACUUCGAUAAUCGUCGUCAAACAAAAGGUUAACAAAUCACGUGCUAUGCUUCUGUUUUGCAUGUUUUCGGAGCUUCGAUUCAUUUCACAGCUAUAACGCAGCUCCUUUCAUGUACGAAAAACGUCUCUGUUAACAAGUAUGAAUUGUUCCAUUCUGAUUUAUGGCUGUGUCUCCGUUGUUUUUUAUGCAAUAACCCCGAUAUGCGUUUAAACUUGUCGGGGAACAUCAAUUUUUAACACCCUCCCUCCCCCUUGCAACGUAAUCGUUUUCUUAUUCGUGCAGCACAAGCUUUCCACAAUUCCUCCCCUUCCCCCUCCCCUCCUUUGUAAUUUGUUUUUGACACAUUAUUUCACUGCCCCUAAAAUAUUCUGUAAAACUCCACAAUAAAGCCCCUAUCGAGAGGUUUGUCUUUUGCAUUAGAAUUUUACAACAGAAAGGGAAACAUAUUUUCUAUAUCCCAGUGUUGUCAAACAUCUCUUGGUUAUCGUUAUUUUUUAUUCGAUUAAGAUCUUUCCAAGAUAAGUGUAAGCAAGAUAUAAUAAGUUCCAAUUUCAAUUGAAAAGGUAAACUUUUGGUGGUAGUUUUCGCCGUUUCAAAAGACAUUUUCAAUUAUGAUUAUGCUGAUCUAUUUUCGAUUUUGCUUUUUUACGUUGUCGCUAUAUUCAAAAUCAUUGCGAACCCUUUCAUUUCUGUAUGCAAUUUGGUUUUUGCUUCGAUGAAUACUCGUUUAGAUAUUGUCAUCUAAUAACCACGGAGUAAGUUUUCAUUCUUGCCAUUCUCUUUGGCUUUUGCGUAGCUUAUGGCUUCGAUACCAUAUUGUUUAGAUGAGCCUUUGUUACUUUUUGUUUUGUUACAAAAUUGAAAAAAACAGUAACGAUACGACAAUUCGGUUUUAAGGUUUUGCUAGUUUCUUUCAUCCUUAUUAAAGCCCUAUCUUAAAAAGUCUACUUCGUUCAACUUUUGGGGAUGAUGGCCCUCUGCCCUUGUUUAGGCCGCGGAUUAUACUAGAUCCAAAACGUCAUUUUUACACCCCGUGCACACUAGAGCGGAUCCAUUUGGGUCCAUUCCCAAACUGACACGGAUAAGCCUUCCGUGCACACGAGAACACUUCUAUCCGAUUUAGUCUGGGUCUGCUAUCCGUACCAGACUGGUACGGAUAAAAAGAGCGUGCUCGUUUGGGUCCGAUCCACUUAGCUCACGUUUGAACACCUGGAUCGGGCCCAAACUGGUACGGAUAGAAAACGAGGCUAUUUUUCUGGGAAAUUCUCCUCAAUAAGUCGUUUUCCCAGUCCAGCGCGUCAGCGAGCUUUUUGCUCUUAUAAUCGAGAACAAUUCUCAACAACAACGCUGUUUCAUCGUCUGUCCAAAUAAAAUUUCUCUUUUGCUGCCUGUGGUUUCAGUUUGUUGCGAAGCCAUUGCCUUUUGAAAACUUUUUUUGCAAUGAAUAAACAAAUAGCGCAAAAAAUUUGCGUUCUUUGUGUAAAUUCUGUUUUGAACGCAUGCCCUUGACCGUGGAUCCGCUUGGAUCCGAUCCCAUAUGCACGCAAAAUAUUUUGGGCCUGUUUCCGUGUCUAUGCAAACAAUGUUCUGGAUCGGAUCCAGUUUCGGAACGGACCCAAACGGAUCCGCUCUCGUGCGCACGGGGUCUUAAUUUCAUUCUCAGUCGUUGAGGAAUGAUUCAUUUCAGCAAGCUGCUUUCCUUUUGUUCUUUAAUUUGUUUUUCAUCUCAUAUGGUGGAUUGGCGAGUCGUUUGUUCUUAAUAUAGAGUUUCUAGGCUUGUUUUUAAAGCAGAAAACUACCUCUAGAGCUAAAUAGGAUAAGCUGAUAUUUAAAACGAAGCUUUGAAAUAGAUUGGUUUUAUGUCCAAUUGAGUUGGUAAUUCGGCUUGAAAUUAUAUUUGAAUCUUCUGCAAUGUUUGAUUUUUUUGAAAUUGAUUUUAUGGUGUCAUAUAUGUUGCUAAUGAUGAGUUUUCUCUUGUAUUUUUCCUGUAGAAUAUUUCUUUGGAUUGUCGCUAAGAAGGAGACGAAUUGUUUCUAACAAAAGUACAUAGUAUACAGCCAAGUAUAGAGUGAAAAAGAAACACGGCAGUUGACACAUAUCAUGGGAAAAGCUGCCAUGGGAAUUGGAUAAAAGUUACUUUAAAUUGGACAAAUUAUUAAUCCGUUCGCCCCUUCUGUUCGGAUUUCGCUUUUGUUAAGCAUGAAUGUGUGUUUGAAUUGGUUUCAAAAUGUGAUUACAUAUUUCCAGUUCCAAAUCGUCUCAUUCGAUGCAUAUGUAUAUUACUAUUUUUUAUUUA